AUGUGGCUAGCUGUUCAAGGUCGCCUUCCCAUUUUGGACAGAAGGUUUAUGGCUAGAUUUGACAAUGUCUGUGCUCUAUGUAAUGUCAGCUCAGAAUCUCAUUCUUAUUUGUUCUUCUUAUGUGAUUUUACUUCUCUAAUUUGGACCUUCUUCAAAGCGAAAUGCAAGAGCUCCAUUACAGCUCUGACAUGGCUGGAAAUUGCUUCAGUCUUCAGUAUCCAGUGGUCAUCUCCAUCACCAUGGAAUCUGUUUAAAAAGCUUUGCCUCGCAGUUCUAGUAUACCACAUUUGGGAGGAGAGAAACGCCCGUAUCUUCUGUGGAUCGAAGCUAUCACAAAACUCAAUUCGGGCAAGGAUCUCCAAUAGCAUCACCUCUAUCAUGAAAUUAGGGAUCUUCAGGGAUUCCAUUACUGCACAUCACACUCUCAAGGACUGGGAUCUUCCACUGUCUUGUUGCCGGCCACCGCCGUGUCCACCUGACUGA